GUUCUGACUGUGGAUAAAUGGCGAGGGCUUCCGGACGCUAUGAUUCUGCGUUUUCUGUGGGUACAGGCGGGUCUUGGAUACCGAGUGGCUCCGGCGCCUUCGUUCCUGCCACCUUAUCCUCCUCCCCAGGGUAGCCGCGGAAAGGGAUACCCGCUUUUUUACCUUUACAGUCCGUCGGGUCCUGCCACUGCCUGGGUCGUUGUGACCAGAGACAGUCUCAAUAGGUGAUAUCUUAUUGCCACCUGUGUUUUGAACACUGCACAAUGGAGUUUCCUGACUUGGGAAAGCAUUGCUCUGAGAAGACUUGCAAGCAACUAGAUUUUCUACCACUAAAAUGUGAUGCAUGUAAACAAGAUUUCUGUAAAGAUCAUUUUACCUGUGCUGCCCAUGCAUGUCCCUUUUCAUUCAAGAAGGAUGUUCGUGUCCCUGUGUGUCCUCUCUGUAACACCCCAGUCCCGGUAAAGAAGGGGGAGCUGCCAGACGUGGUGGUCAGCGAGCACAUGGACAGAGACUGCGCGCGCCGUGCUGCGCCGGGAGAGAAGGUCUUUGCGCACCGCUGCUCCUGGGCAGGCUGCAGGAGGAAGGAGAUGCUGCAGCUGCCGUGCACUCAGUGCCAGCACAACUUCUGCAUCCAGCACCGGCACCCUCUGGACCACGGCUGCAGCCCCCGGGGCGGCUCUGCCGGCAGAGCUGGGUGUUCAGCAACCACAGCUGCUGAGUGUAAAAGACUGGCCUCCGUGGACACCCCAUCCUCCAGCUGGCUGGCCCAGCGACUCAGGUGGAAGGUAAAGCGCUGAUGCCAGCAUGCCUUGCUCCGCUCACCUCCUCCAGCUUCUCGCAGUCUGAAAUAGAAACCUUCUGGUAGAACAGACAUUAGAAAGCUAUUCAAUCUGGGCACCGUGGCUCAUGCCUGUAAUCCUAACUACUCAGGAAGCUGAGACCUGAGCACCACAAUUUAAAGCCAGCAUAGGCAGAAAAGUCUGAGAUACACCCGCCCCCCAUCUUCAGCAU